CACACAACCCUUUCUCCCUGCGAAGCUCUGUGUGCGUCCUGCGUGCGCUCUCGAGAAGAAAGUCUCGAUCGCCGCGUCCUUUUCGCUUCGCUCGUCGAGCACUCUCUAGGCCGUCUUAAGGUCGACUAAGUCUCGCUACUCGUCAGCAGCAGCAGCAUUCCCCCAGGCUUCGUCAUGUUUCCGCUUCUCGAGCUGCCGGUCGAGCUGCAGAUCGAGGUCCUGCGCUACUUCAACACGCUCGAGCUGCGAGCGAUGAAGGGCACUUGUCGCACCAUGAAGAACCACGUCGACAACAAUUCAGUGUUCGACGGCGUGAUGUUCCGCACCAAGAAAGUCGACAUGGCUGCUCUGAUUCACCGUACCCUAUGCGAAGAAAAGGGGCGUGCUGACUGGACUAGCUAUUGCGCUGAUUCCAAUCGCAAACGCCGAGGGGAAGUGCCGCUACGUGACUGGAGCGACAUGGAGGCCUGCAGUUUCAUGAAUCCUCUGGAGCCCCUGGACAUCAAGAAGCACCCGCUGAUUGGGGUCUACUGCACGUACGGAGAAAGCUUUCAAAAGAUUCGCGCCUACUCUGGCGAAGACCAUGAGAUGUGCUGCGAGAAACGCACGCACUCGAGAUGCGCCCGCGACCCGGACGACAUGCCGUUGCUUCAUCUCCUGACUGCGUGGCGCGAGAAUGCGACGGAUCCACCUACUACCACACCCACCCCAACAUUCUGCAAGUCUCGAACAAGAAGAUCAUCAAGAAGCAUGACAGGUUCGACGAGGGCUACAUGGAGAUCGUCAACGAGGACGACACACCUGUCACAGUCGCGCAGUAUUGGUUGGUAUGCCGCGCGUGCCGCGUGUGCUGCUGCAUCACACUGCUGAUCGAAGCUGUCCAGGCAGCACUUCUGCCACUAUGCGAGGUUGGUCAUGGAGGAGAAUGGGCCGCGGGCUGUGAGUCUCUGGUAGAUCGGCUUUAGUUUAUGCUAAUCUUUGUUGCUCAGCCAGCACGUC